AUGGAACUAUGGGAGUGGAGGAGUUUCUGGAUUGGCAGAUUGAUGUUGAUAGAUUCUUCGAUGAUGAGUGUUCCUGAGAGCAAACAAGUUAAGAUGGUAGCAAUCAGGCUGAAGAAAACUGCUGUUGUAUGGUGGUAUAAAAUUGUUAUCCAAAGACAAAGGCAAAGAAACGGACCAGUCAAGACUUGGCGUAGAAUGAAGCAGUUGAUGCUUGAUCGGUUCUUACCAGAAGACUAUGAGCAGAUUCUCUACAAGAUGUAUCUCGAAUGUGUUCAAGGUAAACGAACAGUGACAGAGUACACAGCUGAGUUUGUGCGUUUCUCUGAACGCAAUGAUCUAGGAGAGACAGAUAAUCAAAAGGUGGCUAGAUACAUCAGUGAUUUAAGAAGCUCUAUACAAGAGAAAAUUGGUUUGCAGACCGUAUGGACUGUGCAAGAGGCUUCUAGUUUAGCUUUGAAGGCUGAGCUAAUGGAGAAGUCAACUCGCAGUUUUUCUUCAUUCAAGAGGUUUACACCUCAGAAUAACUACGAGGCAGCAAACGAAAAGGAAAAGAAUGUUGUAAGCAAAGAUCCCAACCCUGUAAAUAAAGGUGCUAGUAGUUCUACCACUACUCAGCAGAGUAAAGCACCAGCUCAGAAGCAGAAUAAUCCUUAUGCUAAACCAUCUCUUGAUAAGUGUUAUCGUUGCCAAGGACAAUGUCACAAAUCAAAUGUUUGUCCAAGCAGAAGAACUGUUGCUUUGCUAGGAGAAGAAGAGGACAAAGAACAAGAGUUUAAUGAGGAUGAUGAAUAUGAAGGGGUUGAAUUUGCUGAAGAGGAGUCACAUGAGAAGAUAAACAUUGUGCUUCAGAGAAUCUUAUUGUCAUCUAAGGACGAAGGACAACGCAAGAAUUUUUUUAAAACACACUGCUAA